AUAUAUUUUUAAUCCCUCUUUUUUCCUGUUUCGGAUCUAGUAGUAGUAUCUAAGGCCAUAGAGGAGGCUUUGUUGUGAGCUUUUCUUUCUCUUAUCUUCGGUGGUGGUUUCCGUUGCGCUUGUGAAGAGCACUAAAGGGAGGCUGAUCAGUGGAUUUAUGUCGGCUGAGUUUGAUUUGGCUUCGAGUGGGGCUCAGUUGCAGCUCUGUUUUUCUUCUUCGUCUUCAACAACUAUUACCUGUGCACGCUUGUUCUUCUCUGCUUUGUUGGCUGUUUCUUGCAUGAUUCUCUGCUUCUCUAGGCAGAGAGUGAAUCUCGUGUUCCCGACUGUUUCGAUGCGUUUGAGAUCAAAAAAGUCUUGUUUCGGAUUUGAGUGUAUUGGAGGUUUCCAUAUAAGACAACGGUUUUUCUAUCUUUUCUUGUUUCUUAGAGGGGCUCAUAGUUGAUUCUGCUUUGAGAGAUUUUGUUCACCCAUUUUUCCCUUGAUUUUGUUUUCGUAGUUUGUCCACAGAUUUGAGGGGGGUUUUAGCUUGAGUUUUUAGCCAUUUUUGUUUCCAGAAAAAAUGUUUAACCAUCGAAAACAAACCAUGAAUCCAAGUAAAUCAUGCAGAAAGACCAAGAAAGCCGAAUCUACCAUGGCUGAAGAUGAAGCCCAAAUGACUAGAAAAGUUCGAGUCAUGUUCAAUGAUCCGUAUGCGACUGAUUCGUCUUCUAGUGAAGAUGAAUCCGAGGAAACUAGAAAAGCCCCCAAGGGAAGGCGAUUUGUUCGUGAAAUCAGAGUUCCUGUUUUGGGUUUGGCUUCACAAGCAAAACCCCUAGAAUCCGAGACUUCUUCUCAAGGCAGUAACACUAAAACCCCGACCAGCAGGAAGAGGGUUAGGACCAAAACCCUCGAAGGCAAGAAGUCUAAGGUUGCUAAAACGAAGAAACCUGUUGGCGUUCGUCAAAGGAAGUGGGGCAAGUGGGCUGCUGAAAUCCGGCAUCCACUGAAGAAAACCAGGAUUUGGUUGGGUACUUACGAAACUCUUGAAGAAGCAGCCAAGGCUUACGAUGCUAAAAAGCUCGAGUUCGAGUCUCUGGCCGUUGAUGCUGCUUCAGUUUCGUCUGAGAAAACCAACGACCUUUCAUGCUUCGCCGCCGCUUCUCACAACAGCACGACUGCCUCUACUUCCGAGGAGUCCGAGGGCCCUUUGUCGCGUACUUCCCCAUCGGUUCUUGAGGUGGAUACUUCCACUUCUGUUUCAAUCUCGAACAACAACGAUGACCGCGGUGAUACAAACAAAGAGAUGUUCGAUGUUAACUUCGCUGAUAUACCAAUACCCGAUCUCUGUUUCAUCGAUGAUCCACUGCUCUCUGGUUCAGUUGACCAAGAACUUAACAACAUAGGCACUGAAGCUGAUGAUUUUCUAUUUGUCAACGAUUUCGGAAUGAUGCUGGAGGAUUACUGCAGCAUCGAAGACCUAAGUAUUUGCGGUAUCGGAGCAUGCGAGCCCAGCGAGCUACCCGAUUGUGAUUUCAGCACCGAUGACUUUCUUUUCGAUGAAGUUGCCGCCCCCCUCAACAUAGCUUGCCCAUAAAUUUUGCAGUUAGAAGCGUUAUCUGUUAAUCUCUGGAACCCCAAGAUGGGUUCUUAGUGAUAUGCUUUUUUUUGUGAGUGAGUUCGUUAAAAAAAAACUGUGUUUUGCCGAGUUAAAAGUGAAAUGAGUCCGAGUCAUUCCCUUGGGUUUUCUUGUGCUAUGGAGCCGUCCUGAGGGAAUAAUCUAUCUGGUAAAGGUGCUUGACCUUCCAAGCACCA